CACCGGAGCAAAGGGAGCUUGAUGGACGAACAAGAGCAAUCGCGGCCGCUGCCAUCCGCGGCUCGCCGGAAAAAGUGGGAGCUCGUCGUAAGGCCGCCGCUGCUAUCAGUGGCUCGUCGGAGGAAGUGGGAGCUCGCUUCUUCCGGGCCAAGUUUCGCCAGAGUGGACAAUUGCUAGUGGUAUGGCUCGCCGCUCGAUACCGCCAGAGAUGAAGCACGCUAGAGGGCUCGCCGGUCUGGGAGGAUACUCACCGACCCUAAUGGAGGGUACUGCUGGCGUCCCCCUAUCGCGUGCUCGCUCCUCGCCGGAAAGAUCCCUGCGGUCCGCGGCUCGGCGACGGAGGGAGGAUUUGCCGGAGCUAGAGGAGUCUCUUGUCUACUGGACCGCCAUGCUGGCCGCGGUCGCCAAUGGCUCGUCGAAGCUUGUCGCCGGUUAUAACUUUGCCGGAUCUCCAAGCGGUCACGGAUCUAAGCUCACCGGAGAGAGGCUCUCCAAAGGCUCGCUGGAGAAGACCGGGAUUAGAGGAGUUCACCGGAGGCUCGCGGCUGCUGUCCGUGGCUCGCCGGAGGAAGGAGGAGUUCCUCGAAGACCCGCGGCUGCCGUCCGUGGCUCGCCGGCAUAAGAAGGAACUCGCCACAGAUGAAAUUCAUUGGAUUGGGGGCUCUCUGUCGUUGCCAAUCACUCGCUUGAAGUUCACCAACUGAUUCACUGCUCCAGAUCUGAUAGCCUACGAAGAGGAGGAAGACCACCACUUUUCCUAUUUCUUUCCUCCUUUUUUUGACCCGUUGUCUCCCCUUUUUAAUUUAUUUCUCUCUUUUUUUUACUUUCUCUCUUUCACUAUUUUUUCUCCAUUACAGACUCGGAGCACAAAAUUUUUUUGUGACCGGUCCCACGGGUGGCGCCAGUGAUGGAAACCGCU